AUGGUGUUUUUAAAAACUUUUUUUUUAUUUUAUAAUCUAUCUAAUGAAUUUAAGGAGAAUGUGUUCAACUACCUUAAUAAUAGUUUAGAUGGAUUAAAUGUAGAUAUUCAUAUCAGUAUCGACCCAGAUCAUCCCAGACUACCAUUUGGCAAAUGUAAUUUUAAGUCUGUAGAUAUUUUAGAUAUAGAUACUAAUUCAAACCAUUCAAGAGAUGCCCUAUUAUAUAUCAGAUAUUUCAAACCGAAAGAACUUGUAUUAGUGGAAAGGAAUUUUGACGACACAAUAGAAAUAGAUCCCCACUUUUAUUAUUACAAAGAGUUAUUUGAUAUAUCAUCAAAUUCACAUUCAAAACUAUUUUCACAAAAUAUAGAGAAAUUAGAACUAGUAGAUAUCAUAAAUGUGGAAGAGUUAUAUUAUAUUUUAUCAAACACAACCAAUAAUUUAAAAUCAUUAAUAAUCUCACUAUGUUUCGAAACAUUGGUAUAUAAUUUAUCAUUUAAUAAAUUAAGUUAUAAUAAUAAUAAUAGUAAUAAUGAUAGUAAUAAUAUACAUGAGAGCGAAAGUAGCAAUAUCAUGGGCGAUGUAGAUAAUUUUUAUUAUUUUUGGAAACAGAUUUAUAAUAUAGUAUCCAAUCAUCAACAUUUAAAACACCUUACAAUAGAAUCCAAAGAAAAAGAAUUCAAUUGCAACCACUAUGUCCAAACCCUAGCCCUGUCAGAUGAUAACGACAAUAAUAAUUCCUAUUAUAACUAUAGUAACUCCAGUUUAUUUUAUUUUUACCAACAAUAUCACCAAAAAGAAUUUAAUAAUAAUUUUUUAUACAAUUUUGGUUCAAUGAUAUCAAAUAACUCUUCAUUGGAAACUUUUAGUUUUUUAGAAGAAAGUGAUUGGAAACUGCAACUAUACAACUACAUAAAAUCAUUAAAUAUUAAUAAUAAAGCUUUAAUUUAA